CCGGCUGAUCAUGGCGGACGGCGAGGAGCUGGACGUCUACGCCGGCAAGAUCGGCUGCAUGGCCGCCAAGUUUGCAAGCCUCGGCGGGACGCUGAGCGACGCCCAGAUGGUGAAGAAGCUGCUCGACACCGUCCCGGAACAGCUGUUCGCCGCGGUGGCCGGCAUCGAGCAGUUCUGCGACGUCGAGACCAUCUGCUUCGAUGACGUGCUCGGGCGUCUCAAGGCGUUCCAGGAGCGGACGGAGCGGCGCAAGGCUGCUGUUGGCGGAGAGCGUCAUGGGGACCAGCUGCUACUCCCGGCGGCGCAAUGGGAGCAGAGGCGUCGUACACGUGGCGGCGGCUACGACGACAGCGGCGGCGACAACAACGGCAGGCGCGGCAAGUGCCACAACUGCGGCAUCCGUGGGCACUUCGCUCGCGACUGCAGGAAGCCGAAGAAGAAGCAGGAGGAGGAGAACCAGGAGGAGGCGCUGCUCUGCAACGUCGACGAUCACCCAUGUCUGCUCUAGGUCAUGGCUUAGGGGGUGAAUGUUAGCAAUAAGCCAUGUCCGGCGUGGCGGUGACCGGUGUCUGUGCACCAGGUCGAAGUCAAUGGCG